AUGAAUUAUUUAAUUUUUAGUAUUUUAUUUUCAUUUAUUUUUAUAAUAUUUUUAAAAAAUUCUGUCGCUUUUGAAAAACUUUAUUCUGAGGAUAUAUUUGGGCUUUGUAAUUAUAAGGAAAAUUCUGAAUGUUUAAAUUCAUUAUUUAAUUUAACGGAUUCAAACAGCAAUGGACGUAUUUCUUUUUGGGAAUUUAUAAAUACCUUCAUUAUUACUCAUCAACUUUCGAGCGCCCAUAUUUCCCGAGCUUAUAAAUCCAAAGAACUUCAAAAUUAUUUUGAUUUGGCCGAUAAAGAUAAAAAUGGAUAUUUAGAUGAAGUGGAAUUUCAAGAAGGAAUUAUUGAGCACAAAGACCCUUCUUCAAUUUAUAAAAUAUAUUUUGAAAUAAUUGAUGAGGAUGGAAAUGGAAAAAUAGAUUAUGAGGAAAUGGUGGAUAUAUUUGCUGCUAAAGAAGAUAUGAGUUAUCAAGAAAGAAAUAAUUUAGUUAAUGAUAAAACAAUGAAAGAAUUGUUUGACAAAAAGGAUAAAAAUAAAGAUGGAGUAAUUGAUAUUGAAGAAUAUAUUUUUGAGAAUGAUUUUAAUGAAAUUAAUUUAACAACAGAAAAGCCAAAAACAACACAACAAUUAAUCAAAUUAAGAAAAGAACAGAAUUACCCGAAUAUUGAGGAGUUUAAUGGAAAAACAGAUGAAAUUAAAUAUUUUGAAGAAAAAAUGAAAAUAUUAUCAGAAUCGUCAACAGAUUUAAAUAAUAAUAAUAAAGAAGAUAAAUUGCCAGAACCAUCCUUAACAACUACAACAACAGAAACAAUUAUUGAUGAUCAUAUAUUAAAUUGGAUUUAUUUUGGAGGGGAAAUUAAAAGUUUGUUUUUAUUUAUUAAUAAAAAUAUCAUGCCCAAAAUUCAAGAAAAUCCCUCCAAAUCUUUUUGUCCCAUGUAAAUCCAUCAACCCCACGAUAUUUCUUUAAAUCCCACCAAAUCGCCAUUAAUUCCGUUAGAUAUCUUUUAAUCCCUCUAAAUCCUUCGAUAAUCCCUGUGUUGAUCAAA